GUUAAGCCUACUGUCGUCACUUCCUUUAGUCGACUAUGUAGGUGCCUGCUUGAAGAAAUGAGAGCCCUCGAACCACGUUUUGGUUUGUGUUGUGAGUUUUUGUUCGACAUUUGGGUGAAGGUAACGGAAACAAAGCUGUGAUUGAUUCAAAUAAACGCUAACGUCCGGAAAGGCGUAGUGGGAGUCGAGCUGUUUCCUUGGCAACUCCUGUUAAUCGAGUUGGAGGUAGUGACCCGCCAAAAGCAACAGAGAAGUUCGGGGCGGAAGUGACCAUCCUGCGUGUUUUACAGGUUUCGUAGUCGGAUUGUUUGUCCACCCAGCAAAGAAAUGAGCGGCGGUUUCAACUUCGGGCAGCAAACAGGGUUUGCUUUCGGAGCUCCGAAGACAACAGCCGCGGCCCCCGCCACGGGCUUCGGGCUGGCGAACACCGCACCAGCAGCCUCCGGAGGGGGCUUCACCUUCGGCACCGCUAGUCAGGCCACCACCAACCCCACCGGUUCGUUUAGCUUCGGCACCCCCGCGAAGAGCACAGCAGCCGCCGGUGGCUUUUCUUUUGGAACCCCUACCUCCACAUUUGGCAUUGGCACGACUCCCCAAACCACGACAGCUGCAGGGCUGACUUUGGGCUCCACAGCAGCUCCAACAGGGUUCGCAUUGGGCACGGGUUUGUCCGCUCAAACCGCCGCUGCCGCCCCAGCAGGAGGAGGAUUCACCUUCGGGACUCCAGCUCAAGCCCAACUCCAACCUCCAGCAGCAGCAGCAGCACCUACACUGGCACCUGCCCCAGCUGCAGCACCUGCAACCACAGCUCCUCCUGCUGCAGCGGCUGCUGCUGCUGCAGCGGCCGCAGCAGCAGCAGCGGGAGGAGGUGGAGGAGGGCUUACUUUUGGAGGGUUCAGCUUUGGAACACCCAAAGUCCAGAUGACUACAGCUCCAGCUUCCACUGCACCCACAGGUGGGGGUUUCAGCUUUGGAGCCAGUGCUCCCUCCACUCUCACCCUGGGCACCCAACCCCAACCAGCCUCUACCGCUACAGCCACAGUCCCUCCAGGAGGGGGAUUUGCUUUUGGGAUUAAACCCUCAUCCACCCCAGCUCCUGCUGCAUUGACUCAGGCUGCCCCAGCACCGGCUCCAUCUCUCUUCUCUACACCUAUUUCCACAGCAGCAGUAGCUCCCAGUGUGGCUGCAGCUGCUACAGCCCCUACAGCAGCUACAGGCUUCUCUUUGGGUGUAGCUCCAACUCCAGCAGCAAGCACUGCUGUGCCUGCAACAACCACACCAGCAGGUGGAGGUCUGGCUUUCACGCUCAAACCUCUCGGAGCAGCUACCACCACCUCCACUCUUGCUCCUGCCCCUGCUGCCACAGCUGCAGCCACCACAACAGGUGUAGCUACAGGCUUCUCACUGGGGCUCAAACCUGUAUCAGGCCCAAGCGCCACAACAGCCGCUGCAGCUGCAACCCUCACUACAACCGCCGCUCCACCUGUGAUGACCUACGCCCAGCUGGAGGGUCUCAUUAAUAAAUGGAGUCUGGAGUUGGAGGACCAGGAGAGACAUUUCCUGCAGCAGGCGACGCAGGUGAAUGCAUGGGAUCGCAUGCUGGUGGAGAACGGGGAGAAGAUCACAGCGCUGCAUAAAGAGAUGGAGAAGGUGAAGCUGGAUCAGAGGAGGCUGAACCAGGAGCUGGAUUUCAUCCUGUCCCAGCAGAAGGAGCUGGAGGAUUUACUCUGCCCGCUGGAGGAGUCAGUGAAGGAGCAGAGCGGCACCAUCUACAUGCAGAACGCAGACGAGGAACGUGAAAGAACCUACAAGCUGGCUGAGAACGUGGACGCACAGCUGAAGAGGAUGUCGCAGGACCUGAAGGAGAUCAUUGAGCACCUGAACACAUCCAGCGGCCCUGCAGAUACCAGUGACCCAGUAAGAUAUCGCCUCAUUGUUGACAGUUAUUUUGAGGGUGCAUUGGCAUAAAAUGUUGAAAAUAAAACCUGCUUUCCUUUCCUCUCUCUCUUUUCCUUCCUUCCCUAGCUCCAGCAGAUUUGUAAAAUCCUCAACACCCACAUGGAUUCACUUCAGUGGAUCGAUCAGAACUCGGUCCUCCUCCAGAGACGAGUGGAGGAAGUGUCCAAACUGUGCGACAACCAGCGCAAGGAGCAGGAGAAAACCUUUCGUCUUACGUUUGACUGAACUGCACUUAAAACAUUGAAUUAUAUGAUGAGAAAAUACUAAUUUUGGAUAUUUUUGCCUUUAAACAUGACAUUGAUGUGAAUAUGUAAUUCAACGCCUGUGAAGUUUUUUCACUGCCCUGGUUUGAGUAGUUUCUGGUGUUUUCAGCUCUAUAUUUUAUCGACUAGAAUGACAGUGAUCAUCUAGUCCAUGUAAAUGCUUUGCUGGUAAUAGAAAGGACAUUUAAAUAAAUCUCAUGAAUGCUCUGUUACUCUGUUUUGGUCACAGUGUGCAGAUGUGACAUCUUAUUCCAUUGUAUUAUUUCAAAGCUUUAAUAAAAUAUGUGGUUUUCAUAAGUAUACAGAAUACAGUACAAUGUUCACUGAUUGAGGUGUCAGAGAAUCUCUUAGUUCACACUCAUGAUAAAAUUCUACUGUAUGAGACAGUUUUUAGUCAAAGUUUUAUUGACAAUUUCACAAAACAUUCAAUUCAUUUCAACCUUUAAAACAUACAUUUGUGUGGCAUUUCAUCUCCCUUUGGAUCCCUCACACAGGUCAGAGGAACUUCAGUGAUGGCCUACUGUACAGUGGAUGCUACCUGAGUGCCACUACAGUGCAGGGACAUUUAGGGAAAUCCAGUUUCAUGUAGACUGAGCAGUGAUUUUUGCACAGUACUGAUUAUUGUGAAAUGGCAAUGUACCUGAAAGUCAUUUCCUAGAGGUCAGUCGCUCAACAGGAUUAAAACGAGACACAUAAAAGCUUUGAGUGGCUUACUCUGAGCUAACUGUACCAUCCUUGCAUAGACAUCAAGAUUUCAUUUCAAGUGUACAGCUCUGUACAAAGAAUGGUAAACUUUGUCCUCUGUUGAUCAGACAUAAGGUUGGGGAAAAAAACACUCUUUGGCUGCUUGAAAUUAUUUCAUAAAAAAAAUAAAUAUACAGUGUGCAAAGUAUUUAAAUAUAUACAAAGCUUACAAAAACAUUUCAUCUUCUAUACAGUGUAAGAAAAAGACAGGAACCUGACUAAUUCCUGCCAAUCAGAGUCAUGUUGAUUGAACAAAAAUCAAAGUUCAGUGUAGUUUUUAAGUUUUGUGUGGUCUCAAACUUAUUCAAUAAGACACUGGCACUUGUGUAAUUUUUGUGUACGCUAUCAGUUUGACAGAAAGAGACUCAAGAGUAACUUUCAUUGUCAGUCCACGUUGUCACCCACUGCUUUUUAUCCAAAGGAUCCAGUUUCAUUUUUCCAUCUUUACAGUCAGGAGUUUCCUUCUUUAUCCGCACAGCGUGAUAGCGAGGAAUGCUGUCGUCUUGUUUGGAGCGCUGGAAGAAUCCACACUAAGAAAAGAGGGAUCCAAAAUAAGGAUUUAUUAUUAAAAAAAAGUGGGAAAUGAUAAAAUAAGUUGUAUACAGUGUUAGCAGCAGCAACAGGGGACUUGCAGGAAUGUUAAGCAUGCUUUGCAGGUUUUUAGGGGGCAAAAAGCGAGGCGGUGAAAGCCAUGCCAGCAGAAGCACCUGCAGACCAAAAACAUAUUUGAAGCCUGUUUGAAAGAAAUUACAUUAAUUACUUUGCAAAAUUCAGAGACACAUAAUGUAUAAAAAUUCAACUUUACACAAAGAAUAAUCAGAAUUACUUCAUGUAAAGUAAAAGCUCUUUCUCAGCUCAGUACAGUAUGUGUCUGAUUGAAUUUUGCAGCAUUCAAGCAGCUGAUUUGGCUUCAAAGUGAGUCGUUUCAGUGAGCGCAGUUUGACACUCCAUGCUUGCAGCUUGUUUUUACCCCUGAUCUGAGGAUAAAUCAGGCCUCAGCAGAGAGUUUGUCUUUGUCAGAGGGCUGAACAUGGAUCUCUGCCUUGUGAUACGCAGCAUCGUAUUCGUCUUUUGAUGCUCUCUUGAAGAAACCACACUGAGAGGGGGGGGCAAGAGGGAGGGGUUGGAUUGUUAAGGGUGACAGAAUCAGUGAUGUUGCUGGACAAUAACUAGGAUCUCGUCAAGAAAAACAAAGAAACACACUGGCUCCUAGUAGAUUGUGGAGCAAAUACCACAUAUGUUGAGUUCACUUUACACUGAUUGGUGUGUUCAAACCCAGACCUGAAAUCAAUGUGUGCAGUUAAAUACAGUGUGGUGGCUAAAAGCAGAUACAUGUGAGAGUAGUAAAGAUUACAUUCUAUCACAAACUUGUGCCCCAGGAUUUGAUCUACCACUAAACAUGGAUGAUGAAAAGUUAUAACGGCCCCCUCACCUUCCACAGCAGAAACACCAACAACGCCAAGAUCAGUAUUCCUGCGAGAACAGCCACCAGUAUGAUCCACCAGGGAACCCCACUGUGCUGUGCUACUUCACUGUCUGGAGACACUGUCACUAUCACCUGAUGGAAAAAGUCAAAGUGAGAGAAACCGAGACACAGUUAGAAAUGAAGAUAAAAAAAAAAAGUGUCUUUUUCACUGAUGUACUUACGUCAGUGUCAGGAGUUGUCAACAUCAUGUUUUUAGCCUGAGUUUGGAGGACAAGAGACGCUUUCACGAUGAUGCGCAGGUGCGACAGAGAGGCAUAGUCCUGUGCAGAAGAGAAAAAAGCAGCUUAUUGGUUAAGAUGAAUAAA